GCAGUUCAGCUGUUGUGUGGACAAUGGCGACGAUUCGACGGAUGGUGUGACAUCCCGACGGGCUAAAUGUUCCCGCUGCGUUGUCCCGUUGCACGUACACGCGCAUCACGUCGCGGUGGCUGAGGGUCACGUCUCGGAGCGCAGCACCAGGUGUCUCGCUUCUCUAUUUUCUUCCCUAUCAAUCUCACCGCUGCUGCUGAGAUGGCUACGGUGAACGCGAACGCGCUGUCCAGUGACAUAAGCCGUAGGAAUCCUCAGGACGAGUACGAGCUCAUCCAGAGAAUAGGCAGUGGGACCUACGGCGAUGUCUACAAGGCUAAACGACUAUCCAUGAACGAUCUCGCAGCGAUUAAGGUUAUCAAGUUGGAGCCAGGUGAUGACUUUGCAAUCAUUCAACAGGAGAUUUUAAUGAUGAAGGAUUGUAGGCAUCCAAAUAUUAUUGCAUAUUAUGGCAGUUAUUUAAGGAGAGACAAAUUAUGGAUAUGUAUGGAAUAUUGUGGAGGUGGAUCAUUGCAGGAUAUAUAUCAUAUAACCGGACCAUUAUCAGAAAUACAAAUAGCGUAUAUGUGUCGGGAGACUCUCACUGGUUUAGCUUACUUACAUAGUAUGGGCAAGAUGCAUCGUGAUAUUAAGGGUGCCAAUAUAUUAUUGACUGAGGCGGGUGAUGUAAAAUUGGCAGACUUUGGUGUGUCAGCACAAAUUACUGCCACAAUUAAUAAGAGAAAGAGUUUUAUUGGUACACCAUAUUGGAUGGCUCCUGAAGUAGCAGCUGUGGAAAGGAAAGGUGGUUAUAAUCAGCUGUGCGAUAUCUGGGCAUGUGGAAUAACCGCGAUAGAAUUGGCGGAGUUGCAGCCGCCGAUGUUCGAUCUGCAUCCGAUGCGCGCUUUGUUUCUCAUGUCCAAGUCAGGUUUUAAACCACCGACGUUAAAGGAUCGCGAUAAAUGGAGUCCAACGUUUCACAAUUUCGUCAAAGUCGCACUUACGAAGAAUCCCAAGAAAAGACCGACGGCAGAAAAAUUGCUUCAGCACACGUUUUUCCAAGGGGAGAUGCAUAAAAGACUGGCAUUAGAAUUAUUGCAAAAGGUGUCGAAUCCCAGUCAUAUGUUUGCUGAUUUAGAGGCCGAUGAAGACGGAGCAGUACCCAAUGUUCCGCAAAGAAUAGCCUCGCGUCACACUGCAAGGCCUAGGCCAAAGAGUCCCAUAUCACAAUUGGAUAGUGAUGAUCAAAUCAACAUUGAUGGAGGAAUAUUACACAGAGACUCCAUAUCACCAUCUGUGGAUAGUAAUCCAGCAUGGGAUAUCAUGGAUAUCAUGAAUAAUGUCAAGGCUGUGCAUAAUUGUGAUGUACAUCCAGACUGUGGAAUUGGUUCUGCGUUUGAAGAUGGGAAAGAAAAUACAUUUGGCGCGAACCUUAAGACAAGUAAAAUAUCGAAACGUCGUAGCAAAACUGGCACAGAGAUAUUUCGUAUGACUAUAAGGAGUCUAUUGCAGUACAUUGAUGAGGAGUUGUUGCUAAGGGGAAAUGCAAUGUCGAUGGUCGAUGGGCAUUGCGACCAGCUAUAUUCCCUGCAAGCCACUCUUCCACUCGGGGAAUCAUCGAACGAUUGCGAAGUCCAUUGUCCCUAUUACAACGUGUCUGGAUCUCAGGCAAGUCCCCGACGUCACAGUUCUGUGGAUGAAUUGUACGGUCUCGUCAAUAAUUCUCAGUCCCUAACAACCGUCAACGGCCAACGUCAACGAUCAUUGUCGGAUAGCGGCCCUAGGGACGAAUCUGGGCAAUCGAACGGCGAUAAUGAGAUAGCAGGUGAUCGAGAUAGAGAGAGUAUGAGCCCUGAUUUACUUUCGGAUACACCGCCCGUCCCUCCGAGAAGGAGGGAUCGAAAAAGACACACGCCACCGAGGCCUAUUAGUAAUGGAUUGCCUCCCACACCGAAAGUGCACAUGGGAGCAUGUUUCUCAAAGGUAUUCAAUGGCUGUCCAUUGAGAAUACACUGUACUGCGAGUUGGAUUCAUCCGGAUACAAGAGAUCAGCACUUGUUGAUUGCGGCGGAAGAAGGAAUUUACAACUUGAACUUGAAUGAACUCCACGAAACUGCGAUAGACCAAUUAUAUCCGAGACGUACUAUCUGGAUGUAUGUUAUUAAAGAUGUUCUCAUGUCUCUUUCUGGAAAGACGCCUCAGUUGUAUAGGCAUGACUUAUUAGCGAUGCUAAGUAAACAAACUCAUAGGUUUUCGUUACACAUGAAUAAAAUACCAGAGAGAUUAGUCCCUAGAAAAUUUGCUCUCACUACGAAGGUACCAGACACAAAGGGAUGUACCAAAUGCUGCGUUGGAAGAAAUCCAUAUAAUGGAUACAAAUAUUUGUGCGGAGCGAUGCCGGCUGGUAUAUUUCUAAUGCAAUGGUACGAUCCAUUGAAUAAAUUUAUGCUUCUAAAGCAUUUCGACUGUGUUCUACCAUCGCCUCUAAACGUCUUUAAAAUGAUUAUCACACCUGAGAUGGAAUAUCCAAUGGUGUGUGUAUCGGUUAAGCAGCCAUAUCAGCAGAAUAAACUAAAACUGGAUUUGAUUAAUAUGAACUCAGGAGCGAGUUGGUUCCACAGUGACGAAUUAGAAGAUAUGGAUGGUUCAGCGACUGUGAUACCAAGAAGAGAAAAUUUGAAUGUUAUUAAUGUCACACAAUUUGAAAAAGAUGCAAUACUCGUUUGUUACGAUAAUGUAGUGAAGAUGGUGACUUUACAAGGAAAACCCCGAAUUAGCAAGAAACAGCUGUCAGAGCUGCAGUUUAAUUUUCAGAUUGAAUCUAUCAUUUGUCUACCAGAUAGUGUACUGGCAUUCCACAAACAUGGUAUGCAAGGUAGAAGUUUCAAGAAUGGCGAAGUUACUCAAGAAAUCAGUGAUCCAAGCAGGACUUACAGGCUACUAGGCUCAGACAAGGUUGUGAUGUUGGAGAGUCAUCUGGUUCAUAGCGGCACAUUGACUGAAUCGGAAGGGGCGGAUCUCUACAUACUCGCUGGUCACGAGGCCAGUUAUUAAGUAUCGAUUUUUAAAUUGCUAGCUUGCGACUGCACGCUGCAUUAUCGUCUUGCACGAUUUGUGAUUGAACUGCACGUGUAACGUGGAAUGCGACUACGAAAGAGCGGUAAGAUUAAAAUAUGCAAAGAGCAAAAGCUUUGCAAUUAAUUAUUUUCACUACUUUGCAAUGUACAAUUUCAACGUUGCUACAACGGGUUACCGCCAUCUCUCCAAUAGUAGUCGCAUAAACUGAUUAUUUACUCUUUUUUUUAACGAGAGGCAUCUUAAAACUUAUAUAGUUCUUUCAGUAGAUACGCACUAUGAUAGGAAAAGAUUUUGAGUUUAACAGAAAGACACCAAACCUAAGAGAGAGAAAACAUAUACGCGGAAUUUAUUCUUAUGCCUGAUUAAAUGAAGCCAAUAAAAACCGUGCUGCUUGGAAAGGUAUAUCGGAUAAAAGCAAUUUCCUAGUUUAUAUAACUAUACAUGUGUAUAAAUUACUUAUACAUAUAAAUCAUGUACAAUUAUGAAAAAAGAGAUUUAUGAUGAAAUUAAAACCUCGGAAAGGGAAACUGUAAAAGUAAUGUGGAGAUUCCGUAUUUCCGACGUUAUAAUAUAUAUAGCUAAAUUAGCUAGAGUAUAUGCAAGAAUAUAUUGUUGCGCAGCGUGUUUUAACGAAGUUCUUGUAACGCUGAGCAAAUGAUAUAGUUCGGAUUUUAUCUUUUUUUUUUCUAGAAUCGCGCUAUAUUCUUAUUAGCUCUUAGCCUUCGAGAACCAUUUUGAUCGUAAUAGCGAUUUAAUAGGAUAAGAGCUCUAGUAUUUUUGAUGAGUGCGGGACAUAUUCUCUAGAUGAGACAAUAUUUAUAUUCUUACACAUAUAUGGUAGCGUAAAGUUUUCGAAGGUUAAAACGCUAUUCGCUGCAUCCAAAUGCAAUAUCCGAUGGAAUUUUCAUGUAACUUUAACGGAAUUUGUGUGGCAUUAAUCGAAAUUACAACUUAAUAUAUCUUAGUCGUCUCACUUUCACGAGAUUCGAAUUUCAAUGACCGAUCUUUUGACAAAUUUGAGAAGAACGCGCAUUAUUUUUUAUAGCCUUUCUCGACAUUAACUACAUUUCUGCAUAUAAAUACAAAAUUGUGAAGAUUGAAUGAAUUGAAUGAACGAUGUUUUUUGAGUGAAAUAAACAAAAUAAAGAUUCUAUUUUUCGUGAUUUCUAACUGCAAAAAUCAGCGCUUUACAAAAGAAAAUCUUUGUUGAGGAAAAAACGAUUCCGAAUUAGCGAGCUUGUCAUUUAAAUCUGAUCUGGUGCAAGCGGGACGCUAUUUUCUUCCAAAGACGAUAGAUUAUAGAGAAAAUGGCAACGACAUAGAAGGAAAGUAGUUAAUUGAUGUAUAACGCCCCGUAAAAACAUUCUCGAAAGAUUCCGCGUAGAAAUGAAUUUCCUCUAAAUUUUAUAUAAUAUUAUGUACACAUAUAUUAUAUAUACACACAUGUAAGCAGUACAAAAUUCACUUGUACCAGUGUGUCGUUCUUGAGAAUGUGUGUACGCACGAAAAAUUAUGUUAUUCGAGCUUCAUUUCGUUGGGCAUGGGAUCGUACUUCGAGAGAACUGUUCAGACAUCGCAGACGUCUCGCGAUGUCUCUAAUUUUUCGGCGAUAUUAAAUAUAUAAAUUGCACGACAAUGUCAUCGAUAGUGAACGCGCGAAUUUAUAUUGGGAUAUAUAUACGCGUUGUUUAAAUCGUUUUGCUUGCUGUACGAUAUUUAUCGCGACUAAUAAAGUAUCCGCGAUCGUUGGCUCUGCUUUGAUUUGCGCGCAAUAAUAAUCCCCGAUAUUUGUUCUUUCGUUUUACAAAAUAAUCUAAUGUUUUUUUUUUUUUUUAUUGAGUCACAGUGCUCUCUGAUGAAGCGCCAUUGUGAUAUAUGUGACGGGAAAAAAGCAAUCACGCGAACAAAAUAAAAUGAGGAGAGCAGGAUAAAAAUUUUUUUUUUAUACGAUUUCCAUCGUUCGGAUAUUUUUCUCCGUAUAAAUCGGUCGCAUAUAUAAUUCGCAUCAGAGAUCACGAGCACAUAAGUAUAUCUGUCUGCAGCAGUUUUUUUAUAUCCAGUAAUUUUUUUACUGAUAUAUGUCGUCAACGACGAUAUUAUCGUAUAUAUCUGUGAAGCGACGAGCGCAAUAUAACUUUCAUGUGAUCGGUCUCAAGACUGGGAGAAAUAUAUUUUCUCAUUUACAGUAGACUUUCUAUAAUCCUUGAGGAAGAGUGCUGGAUUAUGUAGGAUUUAGAAGGAGGAAAGAUUGUUGACUGCGUUUUAUGUUUACGCAGGCGAAAUUUGUAACUCUCGAGUAUCGUCAACGUCAUUUAUUUUAACGGGAGAGAUUUCGUUUAAAUGAAUGUACGAAUUAUCUCGAAACAUAUUUGCUGAAAUCUAAUCGAUGCUUGUAGAUCGAUAAUGAUUAAACCAAAAACAUUCCCCUUUUUAUUUGAAAUAUUUGACCAAUAUUUUUAUAAAAUAUUCACUAAUCGCGCAACUAUUAAUUAGUAAAGAUAUCAUUUCGUUAUAUAAUAUGUAGAGCCGCUGUGUUCACUUGUAUCUCCUUCCAGAAUUGAUGCUUGAAAUUAACAUCAUCAUUUAUUCGAAUAUAUUUUGAUAACGUAAAAGCACUGACGCGGCAAUUUUUUUUUUUUUUUAGUUUUUAUCUAUGUAAGAUAUUUAAAGUAAAGAAGCGUAAUUAAUUCACAAGCGUGUCUACGUUGACGCAUCAUAGUCAAACAAUUCAUUACUGCAGUCAUACAAGUCACGACAUAAGAAGAUCAGAAAAACGCACAUGUAUUUUAUUUGCUCCGAAUUGAUAUUCAUAAAUAUGUAUAUUUAUAUAGUAUCUGGCACUUUUCCAUCUAUUUCCGUCGAGAUUUUAUCGAGGCAAAGUCUUUAAUUUGCAAUUCUUUACUGAGAGAGGCGAAAGAUGUAAAUCGAACUGUAAAGAAUCGUCAGAGCGAAAGACGCGAAAAUUAUCUGUGCGAAGUGUUGAACUAUUUUGAUAUUUUAUAUGGACCUUUUUCUCUGUAUAUAGAGAGUAGAUUAUUGAAGAAAGUGCUAUACUAUCGAAAAAAAAUUCGAAAUACACUCUAGCAAAGUUAUGGAUCAAUGUUUUACUGUUUCCGUUGAAUUUUCGCCUCGCGGCGAAAGCGAUAAUAUUUUUAAAAAUUAUGAUGUCACGCAUAUUUAAGUUUGCAAUUCGAUUUUGCGGAAUUUGGAAUUUUCGCAGUUUCGAAUAAUUGGAAAAAUUUGCUGAUAUUUCUGUCAAUCGCUCUUAUAUCAAUUGUCAAUUUAUUCCACGUUCAAUCAAAUUCUACGUCAAAUCUACACUUAUUCAUUGUAAACAGAGAUAAAUAGAAACGCAAUUGUCUUCCCCAUACAUAUACUUGCUAGCAGUAUGUCAGAUGUUAAAUGUCUAUAAUACUAACAUUUCUGGCAAUUUGAUAAUAUCCAUGAAACCACGUAAUUUUAAUGUUUGUUUAGCCGACAAUCUCCGUUUUCUUAAUAUUGUAAGAACUAUUCGGUCGAGAGAACUCUCUUAGUAUACGAAGUAUGUAAAUCUGCUUGAUGUAAGAAAGGAGAAAGAUUGUGAUAUAUAUCGAAAAAGGCGAAAAAUUAUCUUUAUUCCACGCAGAUGUAAUUUAGCUGAAAAAUUAUCUAAAGGCUGUUCAAGUGUUAAAAAGUUUAGAUAUGUCAUAUGCGGAAAAAUAGAUAUUAUUUUAUUUCGAUAUGGGCGAUUUUAUUUACGCGAGAUUAUUCUGCUUUUUUACGAAGACGUACAUAUUGACAAGAUAUUUUGAUAAAAAUAACGGUAAAUAGUAACUGCAAUGUUACCUGAUGUGAAUUUUUGUAUUAUUGUAAAGACAAUAAUUUUAUUCGGGAGCAUUUAUAUCCAGAGAACAUCGUAUCGAGCGAAUAAUUACGGAAGGAAAAAGCAUAGAUACAUCGGCGGCAUCAAAGUAGAUAAUUAUAAAUCUAAAUCUUAGCUAAAGAGAGUGAAGAAAAAAAUAGAAGAUAUAACUUAAAGAAUCUUUAAUCAACCUGACACAGACCAAGUAUUAGAAGAACUAUGUGCACAUAGAAAGACACAUGCAACCACACAUACAUACAUUUUGUGUAGAUUUCACAUAUCCAUGUCUUGCUCGCGACUACUUAAAAUGAAAUUUUUUCAAUAAUUCUCGCAAAAGAAUGAUAGAAAAAUUAGAGUAUGGGUGUAAAACACAUCGAGAAAAAUGUCCGUUUCAGUAAUUUUAUACAAUUAUCAAAUAAAUAAAUGCGUGAUAAAAAUUCGCAUUUUCAUUAAUUCUUCUUUAAGUCGGUUAUUUUAAACAAGAAACACGUGUGCGAUAAAUCAAGAUAUAUCUUCCGUUCGAAAGGAUUAAUAAAAAGGAUUUAGAAAAGAGAACCUCGUUAUUUUUCAACAUUUCAGAAAAUAAAUACAUUGUUAAUCUAUAUAUAUGUAAUGAACCGUUGCGUCCAGUUUGGAAAGAGUAUUGUACACCCAUACUAGCGAUAUUCGAAAAGUCCUUUUGCACAGACAUGUACACGUGUAAGUGUUAGGACAAUUGAUACAGCGAUAAAAUGUACCUGUACACAUUGACCAUAUUAAUGGUUUGCCUUUACGUACGGAUACUUGAGUUCCAAAUUUUCGAUUUUCACUUAUUUUGAACUUUGAAAUUUACGUGGCAAACAUGUAGAGAAAGAACGCGAGACAGUAAUGUAUAUUAUAUUAUAUUCCUUAAUCUUCGCCCGUCCUUCGGAUUUAUUCAUUAAAUUAAUGAAACUA